UACUCUUCUUAUUUUUGUGUAAUAACCUUGUUGGAAGGAGUUGAUGUGUGGUUGGUGGCAGAAGGAUGCGCUUACCCCGGACCAUGUUCAUGCAAGAAGCGCCCCUGUCUGUGUUUAGUCCAGAAGGACGGAGUUAUAUAUUUAGACAGCAUAGCAGCGAUAACGUUUCAGAGUUGGCCAGCAGGCUCAGUCAGCCGCCUCCCACUCUGGAAACUUUAAACCAGACAGACCUGCACCCCUCAGAGUAACAAUUAAACUUCAUGAAUUCAUGAGACUCCCCCCCUUCUGCGUUUCCUCAUCUGGUCGGAUCCAGUCGGCUGGAAAAGCGGGCGUCCUGGUGCGAAAUAAUCGGUGUGAGUUAAUGAGGUGGAGAUGCAGGAGGACAACCCCAGACACGCUCCUCUGCGGCCAGGACAGGUGCUGCGCUGGUGAGCCGGCAGAGGACGGGACGGGCAGACAGGGAAGGAGCUAAACAGCGGAUUCUCUUCGCCAUGGAUCAGGGUCAGAGCGCGCAGGUCGCCGACAUGGCGGGGGAACACGCAGCCGGGGUGUGCGCGUCCGAGCGCGGCGAGGUGUUCAGCCCCAGCCCGCCGGCCAAGCAGCGCUCCCUGCGGGUUGUUUACGUCCUGAACGACGGGCUGAAGGCGGUGAUGGCCAGCAGCCCGGAGUCCGGGGCGCUGCAGUGCCUGCAGAGAGCCUGCGACGCGGAGAGCGCCCUGCUCACCACCGUCACCUUCGGACGGCUGGAUUUUGGAGAGACGGCGGUGCUGGACAGCUUCUACGACGCAGAUAUCGCCGUCGUUGACAUGAGCGACGUGUUUCGGCAGCCAUCGCUGUUUUACCACCUGGGUGUGAGGGAAAGCUUCGACAUGGCCAACAACGUCAUCCUGUACCAUGACACCGACCCGGACACGGCCCAGUCGCUGAAGGACAUGGUUGCACAGAAAAACACAGCUUCCAGCGGUAAUUACUACUUCAUUCCAUACAUUGUGACUCCUAACCAUGAGUAUAUGUGCUGUGAGAGCGAUGCACAGCGCAGGGCUAGCGAGUACAUGCAGCCCAGCUGGGACAACUUGUUGGGGCCGCUGUGCGUCCCCUUGACAGACCGCUUCACCAGCCUCCUGAAGGACAUCCAUGUGACAUCAUGCGCAUCUUUUAAGGACACCUUGCUGAAUGACAUCCGGAAAGCCAGGGAGAAGUAUCAGGGAGAGGAGCUGGCCAAGGAGCUGGCCCGAAUCAAACUCAGGAUGGACAACACCGAGGUCCUAACGCAGGACAUCGUCAUGAACCUGCUGUUUUCCUACAGAGACAUACAGGAUUAUGAUGCUAUGGUUAAGCUUGUGGAGACUCUAGAGACGCUGCCUACUUGUGAUCUGGCAACCCAACCGAUGAUCCAGUUCCACUACGCCUUUGCUCUCAAUAGGAGGAACAGUCCUAGAGACCGGGAGCAGGCUCUCAGAGUGAUGCUCCAGGUGCUGCAGACGAGCGAACAUCCCGCCCCGGACAUGUUCUGCCUCUGUGGUCGGAUCUACAAGGACAUUUUUCUCGACUCGGACUGCAAAGACACUGUAAACAGAGAUAAUGCCAUACAGUGGUACAGAAAGGGCUUUGAACUGCAGCCCACUCUCUACUCUGGCAUCAACCUGGCUGUCCUCCUCAUCGUCGCUGGCCAGCAGUUUGAGAGCUCCAUUGAACUGAGAAAAAUAGGUGUGAGAUUAAACAGCCUGCUGGGGCGAAAAGGUUCCCUGGAGAAAAUGAACAACUACUGGGACGUGGGCCAGUUCUUCACCGUUAGCAUGCUAGCUAGCGAUAUUCCCAAAGCUACUCAAGCGGCUGAGAAGCUGUUCAAACUGAAGCCACCGCUAUGGUAUUUGCGGUCAGUGGUGCAGAACCUGCAGCUGAUCCAGAGGUUUAAAAAGCAGGCGGUGGAGCAUUCGCCCCAAAGAGAAAGACUUGACUUCUGGAUGGACAUCAUCGUGGAGGCAACUCAGGGAACCACCAAGAGACUGCGGUUUCCUGUUUUGAUUUUGGAGCCAACUAAAGUUUACCAGCCUUCCUAUGUGUCCAUAAACAAUGAAGCUGAAGAGAAGCAUGUUUCCAUCUGGCAUGUCUCUCCUGUUGAAAGCAAGGGAAUCCAUGAGUGGAACUUCACUGCAACGUCCAUUAAAGGCAUUAGUAUUAGCAAAUUUGACGAGCGCUGCUGCUUCCUUUACGUCCAUGACAACUCUGACGACUUCCAGAUCUAUUUCUCCACCGAGGAGCAGUGCGGUCGGUUCUGCUCCCUGGUGAAAGAGAUGAUCUCUGAUGGUACAGGAAACGCUGUGGAGCUGGAAGGAGAGGGGGAUGGAGACACGCUGGAGUAUGAAUAUGACACGGACGAGAACGGAGACAGGGUGGUGCUGGGCCGGGGCACUUAUGGAGUGGUGUAUGCUGGGAGGGACCUGAGCAACCAGGUCCGGAUCGCUAUUAAAGAGAUCCCUGAAAGAGACAGCAGAUACUCGCAGCCACUUCAUGAAGAAAUUGCCCUUCACAAGUACCUGAAGCACAGGAACAUCGUUCAGUAUUUGGGCUCGGUUUCUGAGAACAGAUACAUCAAGAUCUUCAUGGAACAGGUGCCUGGAGGAAGCUUGUCUGCUUUGCUGAGGUCAAAAUGGGGACCUUUGAAAGAAGCAACGAUCAUUUUCUACACCAGACAGAUCCUGGAGGGGCUGCGGUACCUGCAUGAGAACCAGAUUGUCCACAGAGAUAUAAAGGGAGACAACGUGUUGGUAAAUACCUACAGCGGCGUCUUGAAGAUCUCUGACUUUGGAACCUCGAAACGCCUGGCUGGAGUAAAUCCCUGCACAGAAACGUUUACAGGUACUCUGCAGUACAUGGCUCCAGAGAUCAUUGAUAAGGGCCCUCGAGGCUACGGCGCCCCGGCUGACAUCUGGUCUCUGGGAUGCACCAUCAUAGAAAUGGCCACUGGGAAACCUCCGUUUCACGAGCUCGGAGAGCCACAGGCAGCCAUGUUUAAGGUGGGAAUGUUUAAAAUCCACCCAGAGAUUCCUGAAUCUCUAUCUCUAGAAGCAAAGUCCUUCAUCCUGCGCUGCUUUGAGCCCGAUCCUAAUAAGAGACCCAUCGCUGCAGAUCUGCUCAGGGACAUUUUCCUCAGGCAAACCACGAAGGGCAAAAAAAGCAAAAUAGCCUUCAAGCCAUCAGACUACAUCCACAGCGUUUCCAUUCCAGCGCAGCAGCAGGGCGAAGCUGCCGGCAGCAGCAGCAGCGAACACGGCUCAGUGAGUCCAGACUGCGACUCCAAACAUGACGUUUUCUUCCAGAGGAAGAGAACCUCUGGCUCUGAAAACCUCAAAACCUCCAGCUCCAACUACCUAAGUGUCCCAGACGAGAGUUCAGUCUCAGAGGACCGCAGCGUCCCGCCCUCACCGGAGGACAGGGACAGCGGCCUCUUCCUCCUGAAGAAGGACAGCGAGAGGCGAGCUAUCCUCUACAAGGUCCUGAAUGACGACCAGGAGAAGGUCAUCUCCAACCUGAAGGAGAACCACAUCCAGGGCAGCGAGGAGCUGCUGCUCUCUAUGGAGCACAUCAAGCAGAUCAUCUGCAUCCUGCGGGACUUUAUUCACUCUCCGGAAAGACGCGUCAUGGCGGCCACCAUCUCCAAACUCAAACUGGAUCUGGACUUCGACUCUAACUCCAUCAACCAGAUCCAGCUGGUGCUUUUUGGCUUUCAGGACUCGGUGAACAAGGUUCUGCGAAAUCAUCACAUCAAACCUCACUGGAUGUUUGCCAUGGAUAACAUCAUCCGCAGAGCCGUACAGGCCGCCAUCACCAUCCUCAUUCCAGAGCUGCAGACCCACUUUGGACCAGCCUCGGAGUGUGAGGGGGCAGAGAAGGACGACGAGGUGGAUGAAGAGGAAGCCGUGUUCAGUCCCGUUUUGGCUCCAACCUCGGACGAGCCUGGAACCACGCCGGACCCCGUCCUCAGCAGCACCAGUACGGUGAACUCCAGCCACACCGAGGAGCAUCAGCGCUCGCAUGUUCCUCUCGGCGCCCAGCUGGGGCGGCUCAAGCAGGAGACCAACAGGUUGCUGGAGGAGCUGCUGCAGAAGGAGAGGGAGUACCAGCAUGUCCUGAAGGCCACGCUCCAGCAGAGGACUCAUGACUUGGAGCUGAUCCGAGUCAGGCACAGACCUCCAGACGUUUCGCCUCCCUCCAUCCUUCAUGGCCCAGCAGACCACGAGCCGGACAAGCAGCUCACUGAUUGGCUGAAAGAGCAGGGGGCGGACCCAGACACCAUCGACAAGUUUGUGAUGGAGGAGUACACACUGUCUGACAUUCUGAGAGAGGUCAGCAAAGAUGACCUCCGCUCUCUUCGUCUACGCGGUGGAGUGCUGUGCCGGAUCUGGCGAGCCAUUCAGCGGCACCGAGAGCGAGAGAGGCUGACGGCUGACAAACACUCCAAAGGGGACGUUUAGCUACGACUUUAACUUCUGAGGAAGUGAUGCGCACAUCGACACAUUACCAGCCCCGCAUGGCCGUUUGUUUUUCUCCUGCCUGUCUCCUCUGUGCCUUUCCACGCUGUCGUCUGUGGCAGACCGAGUCCAAGCAGAGUCCUGACUGAUCAGACCAAAGCGCCUUAGUGCGGGCACUACUGUAUGUAUUUCCAUGUGUGUUCCUGUGUUGCCACAAUGUGUUUGUGCUUCAGAGCUUUGAAAGAUUAGGAGUUUUUACAUUUAUGGAAAGAUGCAGUCAGUUUUUUAGUGUUUAUAUCAGCUCUGAAAGGCUGGAGUGGUGAGUAUUAGACGUCUGUGGUUUGGCCCCUUCAGAGAGUUCUGGUACUCUCUGGAAUUUUUUUAAAAAUAACAAUAAAAAAUGCAACUUUUUUUACUUUCUUAAAAGUAAAAAUGAUUACUUUUACAAUAUUUUUUUGCAUAUUUGUUGAAGCUAUCACUACAUCUUGAUAAUGAGACAAAAUCUGUGAAAAAAUGUAGCUCUUCUGCCUUUUCCCUGUGCAAACUAGAAUCAGAGCUAGGAGGCGGGUGUUAGCGCUGUCAAUCACCCUCCAUGUGGCGCUGCUCAUCUUUACCUUGCUCUCUACUAUGCUGCAGCUAGCAUAGCCUGCUCUGAAUGCUAAGGCUAGUUAGCAGGAGCACCAAUGAUGGCGGAUGAACAGUUUUUCUGGAACUUUAACAUUUAGUAGAGACUACAUGUGGUUGAUUGACAGCUCUAAGACCCGCCUCCUGGUUCUGAUUGGUUGUUUUUGGUCAGGAGCGAUGAAUUUCGGCAGUAGUAGCAGAUCUUUUCACAGUUUAUCUGUCUCAUAACAAACUGUUACGACAAGUUGACAGUUUUAACAAAUAUUUUAAAAACUUUUACUAAAAUAAAAUGUAUGUACUGCAGCUUUAAGGAGAAUAAUUUGACAUCCAGCCACAUAUUAGUGGCUCAGUUUAUCUGCAGCAGAUGUAACUCAGCCAAAUGUUGCAUUUUGUUUUUUGAGCCCAGUAAUUUGCCAGAAAUCCAAUCAGAUGUUUUGCUGUACACAGAACGAAUCCUUUCCUUAAAAAUUAACUCAAAAUGUUCUGACUUUCACCUUCACUAAUUUGAAGAAGCUGUUUACUGUCAACACGUCUUUGUCACAUGAUGAAAACGAAAUACGCUUGCUGACGUGUUUCAAACACCUUUAACUGAAGACACUUUUAUGUUUCAGCCGUUCAUGUAUCAUGAAAGAGAAGUACAUCUUUCAGUCAGUGUUCUGGCUGUUAUCACUCAAUUUGCUGCCAUGUAAAACAAACAUCCUGAGGCGAUUUUGAUUUGAUCUUUGGGUAAAACCACAGAGUUAAACACAACUAACCACAUCCAGAUACGGUGAGUCAACCUGCAGCCGUAAAGUCAUAUUUAAUUAAACAUGUUGAGAGAUUUUAACUGCCUAUUAUCACUUUUAUGUUUGUAAAAUUAGCUAAAAUUUAUUAGCUAAAAUUGUCCUUUCUCCUUUUUUUAUUUUUGAUGUUGUACAUUGUUAUUUAUCUGCUUUGCAACUGCAAUAAACUUGUGAAAGUUG